UAGGCUUGCGCAUUAAGCAAUCGAACUGUCUAUAUUCCAAUUGGUUAAAUUACAUCAUCACCGCGUAACUGAAUUCUUUCCUUAUAAACGUCGUCGCUGAAGCACCCUGAAAAUACCGAUAACUCUUUGCCGUGUCCGUCACGCGCCUUCUCUCUCUCCCUCUCUCUCUCAAGGUUCUCCAUCUUUUCAACUUCAACUCUCCAUUUCCAUUCUGUUUGGUUGCUGAGAAACACAGGGAAAGCUUGCAGAAAAAAAAUCUAACAAGAAAUUUCUCGUUUUCUUCGCGACCGGUUUGGGCCUUGGAUCUCUCUUCUGGUGCCUUAAUCGUACUGUUCGAUUCGGAUUUUCGUCUUCGAUUUUCGGAUCCACAUCUUCUACGGUCUUAAUUUUCGGAAUUGAACUUCGAAUUUUAAUUUCCUUUAAGUGAAUCGUCGGCAAAAUGGUUUCGUUCGAAAUGAAUGAUCGGAAAAAGAUUGGACUAGGAUUGACAGGAUUUGGCAUUUUCUUCUCAUUCCUGGGAAUUAUCUUCUUCUUUGAUAAGGGAUUACUUGCCAUGGGAAAUAUCCUCUUCUUGUCAGGGGUGACACUUACCAUUGGACUAAAGUCCACUAUGCAAUUCUUUAUGAAACCUCAAAAUUUCAAGGGGACGAUUUCAUUCGGCAUUGGCUUCUUUUUAGUUGUUAUAGGAUGGCCAAUUUUUGGCAUGAUCUUGGAGACAUAUGGGUUCAUCGUGCUUUUCAGUGGCUUCUGGCCAACACUGGCAGUUUUUCUUCAGAAGAUACCUAUUCUUGGUUGGUUUAUCCAACAGCCAUAUGUUAGAUCGUUCUUUGAUCGUUACCGAGGUAGACGUGUGCCUGUGUGAUCGGUGGAACUUCAAACGCAUCAAACAAUUUGUAGAUUGCUCCACGUGUAAAAUACUGUCAAAUGGAGAAAUAGUACCUUGCUAAUUCAGUUCACUGUAGAAACUGAUUUCUCAUCCUCAGGGUGAGCUUUUAUCUUUUGUGACAAAAAGAAGAGGGAAAAAAAAAAAAAAAAAAGGAGAGAGAUAGAAAUAGAAAAAGAAAAAGAUAUGAGCUUUUUGUAGUAUGCUGCUGUUUGUUGAUUUUUUUUCAUAGCCAGGCUUUGCUGAAUGGAAAAUUGUUUUUUGAAGCAGACGUGGAUAGUUUUCUGAAAAUACAGAAUAGAUUCGACCGACUUAAAA